UUCUGGUAAGUUGUCCAUUGCUGAUAUGUCAAUAAUAAUUGUAUUUAGAACCCCAGUGAGCAAGCCAAAGGUGACUGUGGCAAGGAACACAAAACUCCAUAAGUUUGUCACGAACGCCGGUGAAGAUUCCUCAGUCGACCACCGGAGGUCUCUCUCACGUGAAUAUUAACAUUGAACUACAUUUCCCAAGUGCCCACAUGCCUGGACUGAUUACUCUACACCUGCUUCAUAUCACUCAGACUAUUUAAGCCUGGUGUGUGUGUUUGUUCAUUGCAAAGUCUUGUUUGCCCUGGCUACAUUUCUGAGCAUUAUUAUUGUGUUGAUCAGCCCGUGUUUGACUCUGCUUUGGAUUACCCUUUACGAUUCUCUGCUGCCUGCCUAUUACUGUGUUUUGCCUGGACUAUCACUAUUGCUGUUUUGCUGCCUGCCCCGAUCCUCUGCCUGUUUGACUACGUUUACUGCCCUGUCUCUGAUAUUGUUGGUUGCCUUGGUUAUCCUACCCACACCUGUUUGUACUUUGAACUUGUGUUCUAAUAAACCGCACAUGGAUCCCACUCAGCCUGAGUCUGUGUUACAGAAUACUUCACCAACUACCGAUCCAGCGGUCCUCAUGCAUCUGUUCAGUGAACUCUCUGCCCAAGCUAACCUACUGACAUCUCACCAACAACAACAAUGCCGACUCACCACACUAACAGAAGAGUUAGUGAAAUCUGUACAGAGUCUUCAUCAGCCCGCACCUGAAUCCAUUUCCCCAGCGCCUCAAGCGAGUCAGGUACCAGUCUUAAUACCUCGCAGUACAGUUACUGCUAAUCCACGUUUAGUCUUUCCCGUAAAAUUUGACGGCACCCCAACCAGGUGUAAAGGCUUCCUCAUGUAAUGCUCUAUGUUCCUGGCUCAACAACCCUCGUUAUACCCGACCGAUGAUGGCAAGAUCUCUCUUGUGUGUUCACUGGUAAGGUGUUGGAAUGGGCAACAGCUGUCUGGGCCAAUCAAGGACUAAACCGCACCACUUUCAAUGAAUUUAUUCAAUGUCUGAGAGAGGUAUUCGAACAUUCUGAGGGAGGCAGGAGUGCUGGGGAACAACUGCUUGCGCUUCGUCAAGGAAGAAAUACUGCAGCUGAAUUCACUCUGUCUUUUCGCACUCUCACUGCGCAAACUGUGUGGGUGGAAGACACAUUAAAACUGCUGUUUCGUCGAGGAUUAAAUACUGACGUGCAAUCGGAGCUGGCCUGCCGUGAUGAAGGCAGAACCCUGGACCAAUUUAUCGACCUCGCUAUUCGUAUUGACAAUCUCAUUCACUCCAGGAGACCUAAUCGAUUUAUCAACACUUUCACUCAAACGCAUCAACCCAGUGAAGACGCUGAACCUAUGCAGGUCAGUCGAACUCAUCCCUCCACAGAGGAGCGUGAACACUGCAUCAGGAACCGUCUCUGUUUAUAUUGCGGUCAAGCAGGACAUUUGAGAGCUGACUGUUUGACACGACCCCCUCAAACACACAAUCGCAGGUGGCAGCGCUAGAUGGGCGCCCCCUGGGGACCGGCCAGGUAUUGUACACCACCACAGACCUCAUUCUGCAAGUUGGAAUUUUACACACUGAACAACACACCUCUUCAUCAUCCACUCUCCACACAACCCAGUUAUUCUCGGUUACCCUGGCAGCAGGACCAUAACCCACAAAUUUCAUGGCGAGAGAAGCAGAUCAUGCAAUGGGAUCCCAGCUGCUUGUCCAAGUGUUUAAAAUCAAUCAUCCCUAUGUUUAUGAAUACCACUAUGGUGACUAACGAGUCCAACAUAGCACCACAUAUACCUUCUGAGUAUGCUGAUCUAUUUGAAGCCUUCAGUAAAACCAAAGCCUCGCAGCUACCACCACAUCGAUCUAGCGACUGCACCAUUGAUCUGUUACCUGGUGCCUCACCAGCAAGAGGCAGAAUUUUUCCCCUGUCAGAACCUCAGGCUAAUGCCAUGAAAUCGUACAUUGAAGAAGAACUGGCCAAGGGUUUCAUUCGUCCAUCCACUUCACCGGCAGCAGCAGGAUUCUUCUUCGUGGGAAAAAAGGAUGGGGCCCUUUGUCCUUGUAUUGAUUAUCAUGGUCUAAAUGAUAUAACGGUUAAAUUCAGAUAUCCCUUACCCCUCGUUCCCACAGCUUUGGAACAAGCUUGAUCUACGCUGCGCGUACAACCUUAUUCGCAUUCGAGAGGGGGAUGAGUGGAAAACUGCCUUUUCUACCAGGAGCGGGCACUAUGAAUAUCUCGUUAUACCAUUCGGACUGUCCAAUAGUCCAUCUGUGUUCUAGUCUUUCAUAAAUGACGUAUUCAGAGAUAUGCUUAACCAGGGCUUAAUUUUAUAUAUAGAUGACAUACUGAUUUAUUCAGACACCCUGGAGGAACACAUCAAGCAGGUCCAGGAAGUUCUGAAGCGUCUCAUGGAACACCAAUUGUAUGCCAAAGCAGAGAAAUGUGAAUUCCACCAAACUUCAAUUCAGUUCAGUUCAGUUAUAUCAUCAGUCCAGAAGGGGUGUCUAUGGAUGAGGGCAAGGUACGAACUGUUCUAAACUGGCCUCAACCCACUACUGUAAAGGAACUACAACGAUUCUUAGGAUUUGCAAAUUUUUACAGAAGAUUUUUUUUUUAUGAUUAACAUUUUUUUAUUGAUUCAACCAUUAAAUAUUAACAGCAGAACACACAUAUACAGAAUCAAUAUAUAACCCCCACUAUCCCCCCCCCCCCCACAAUUUUUACAGAAGAUUAAUUCAAAACUUCAGCACUGUCACCGCUCCACUCAUCGCCAUGACAAAGGGAGGUAAUACCAAGCUUUGUUGGUCUUCUGAUGCCAUCCAAGCCUUUAAUGAAUUGAAAAGUCACUUCACUUCUGCUCCUAUUCUGCAUCAUCCUGAUCCCAACGUACUUUUCGUGGUUGAAGUAGAUGUAUCAAACACUGGUAUUGGCGCUGUCCUCUCUCAAUGCCAAGGUAAUCCUCCUAAGCUUUUCCCUUGUGCGUACUACUCACAUAAACUCUCCUCUGCUGAACAGAAUUAUGAUGUGAGCAAUCGUGAACUGUUAGCCAUGAAAGCAUUCGAAGAAUGGCGACACUGGCUGGAGGGGGACAGAAAUCCAUUUCUGGUAUUAACCGAUCAUUGCAACCUCAAAUACUUGUGCUCAGCCAAAAGAUUAAACCCCAGGAAAGCCAGAUGGGCACUAUUUUUCACUCGUUUUAACUUUUCAAUCACUUAUCCAGGAUCAAAGAACAUCAAAGCUGACUCACUAUCCCGUCAAUUUGACUCCACUCCUCAGAAUCCCUCUCCAGAACCCAUCAUCUCAUCCUCUCUGAUCCUAGCUCCGGUCCAGUGGGACAUCAUGUCCGAAAUCUCCCAGGCACAUGCACAGAACCCGGCUCCUGGAGGAUAUGUCCGCCCAACUGAACAUUUGUGCCACCUAGUCUAUGAGAAAAGGUAAUCCGCUGGGUGCAUUCCUCUGCAAGCUCUGGCCAUCCAGGCAUUACUACAACAGUACGAUUGUUAAGAAAUCGGUUCUGGUGGGAGACGCUACAGGCAGACACCAGUACAUUCGUGAACGCUUGUCACACCUGCGCCACAGCAAAAAACCCCAGACAACUACCGGCAGGGUUGCUACAACCUCUAUCCAUUCCACAACGACCUUGGUCCCACAUCGCCAUUGAUUUUGUCACCGAUCUACCCAUCUCCCAAGGUAUGUCCUAAGGCAUGUCGACUAAUACCCCUGUCUAAGCUUCCAUCAGCCUUUGAAACCGCAGAACAUCUUUUCAAUUAUGUGUUCCGCUACUAUGGUCUUCCUGAAGACAUUGUCUCUGACCGGGGCCCUCAGUUUACAUCAAGGGUUUGGACAGCUUUCUUUCGACUACUUAAUGUCAAUAUAAGUCUCACUUCAGGUUAUCACCCCCAGUCUAAUGGCCAGACUGAACAUCUGAAUCAAGAACUCACAAAAUUCCUUUGCAUGUACUGUCAACAGAAUCAAGCAGACUGGAGCCGCUUUCUUCCCUGAGCAGAAUACGUGCAGAACUCGAUCCUCAAACCCUCCACAAAAUUGACACCCUCUCAGUGUGUUCUGGGGUUCCAACCCCCACUAUUUCCAUGGUCUGGUGAACCGUCUGAUGUUCCUGCUGUUAACAACUGGUUUCAACAUAGUGAGGCUGUUUGGGAUCAAGCUCAUGUCCAUCUACAGCAUGCCAUAAACAGGGGAAAAGAACAAGCUGACCGCCAUCGUCGUCCCAGUCCCAACUACGUUCCAGGACAGUGGGUGUGGCUUUCAACCCGGGACCUAUGUCUCCGUCUACCUUGCAAGAAGCUCAGUCCCAGGGUGGAGGAGGAAGGCGGUGACACAGGCCCCUCACCCAUGAUCGUGGAUGGCGAAGAGGCAUUCCUAGUACGAGAUCUGCUAGAUUCCAGACGUCGGGAAAGCCAGAUCCAGUAUCUGGUAGAUUGGGAGGAGUACGGUCCGGAGAAGAGGUUCUGGGUCAAGGCGGAUGAUAUCCUCGAUCCCAAUCUCAUCGCAGAAUUCCAUAGGACUUACCCGGAGAAACCGGCCCCUCGACCUCGAGGAAGACCCCGACGUCGAAUGUGCUCUCGCGUCAGGAUGGAGGCUCUUGCGUCAGAUCUAAUGGAGAUGUUUGAGAAGAGAAGGUUCCGUAAGUUCCUUGUAUUUGUGGCAAACUUUGAAAACGAUCCCAAGACAUUUGAGGGUGUGGACCCCACAGUGACCACCAUGCGGGACGUCUAUAAGACGUUUGACCUGGGACAGGAUGUCAUAGAUUUCACAGGCCACGCUCUUGCCCUCUACAGGACAGACAAUUAUCUAGACCAGCCGUGUAUUGAGACCAUUAACCAUAUUAAGCUGUAUAGUGAAUCUCUGGCUCGAUAUGGGAAGAGUCCGUAUCUCUAUCCUCUCUAUGGGCUGGGAGAGCUGCCUCAAAGCUUUGCAAGAUUGAGCGCUGUCUAUGGAGGAACAUACAUGCUGAAUAAACCCGUGGAUGAGAUAAUAAUUGAAGAUGAACGUGUGGUGGGCGAAAAGUCUGAGAGAGAGAUUGCUCGUUGCAAGCAGCUCAUCUGUGACCCCAGCUACAUUCAGGACGGGGUUCGAAAAGUGGGUCAGGUGAUUCGAGCCAUUUGCAUCCUCAGUCAUCCAAUCAACAACACCAGUGAUGCUAAUUCCUGUCAAAUCAUCAUUCCACAAAACCAAGUCAACCGCAACUCUGAUAUCUAUGUGUGUCUGAUCUCAUAUGCUCAUAACGUUGCGGCGCAGGGGAAGUACAUCGCUAUCGCAAGCACUACAGUGGAGAGCAGUGACCCUGAAGCUGAGAUUGAACCCACUCUGGAGCUGCUGGAGCCCAUCGACCACAAGAAGGAUGGCUGGUUUGUGACCAUAAGUGAUAUUUAUGUGCCAUCAGACGGUGGAUUUGAGAGUCAGAUCUUUAUUUCGCGAGCGUACGAUGCCACUGCCCACUUAGAGAUGACCUGCAACGACAUUAAAGACAUCUACAAGCGCAUGACAGGAAGUGACUUUGACUUUGAGAACAUGAAGAGGAAACAGAAUGAUGAGUUUGGAGAGGAGGAGCAGUGAGGGGGUGGGGUCAGGGUUCAAAGACAAUACACUCAGCCGAAGAAUGAAAUAUUCAGUGCUGAUCGAAACCUCAGAGCUGCUCUUACCCCAUAAUAUACAUCAAACGUCAUACAGAAUCACAAAACCACCCCUUUUUUAACCUCUCACCCUCUUACCUCUCAGCUUUCAUCUUUUCUUGAAGCACUUGUACACUGUAUGUCUCAACAUUAUACAUUUUAUUUGUAUGUUGUUGUGUUUUUUUUGGUUUUUUACAUUUUCUUACACACCUUGUUUUGAGGGAUAUCUGCACAGGGGCAGUGGUGGCUUGGUGGUUAAGGCUCUGGGUUACUGGCUAGAUGGUCAGGGGUUCAAGCCCCAACACUGCCACGAUGCCACCGUUGGGCCCUUGAGCAGGGCCCUUGACCCCAUCUGCUCCAGGGGUGCCGUAUCAUGGCUGACCCUGUGCUCUGACCCCAGCUUGGCUGUGGUAUGUGAAAAAAAGAAUUUCACUGUAUAUGUGCAAAUGUGUGAUAAAUAAUUAUAAUUAUGUAUUUGAGCUUGGUGGCUUGUAGUUGAUCGAUACAUGUUUUGUGUUUGGUACAGUAUAAUAGUACACAAAGUUCCACCCCAGCAUUAAUAAUUCAUCAAUACUAUUUUACAACAGAUUAUCGGUUCACCAGAAACACUUAGAAGUGCCCUAAACACCACUCCACAACCUCCACAACUCGUGUGCAUCAUUUCACAUGUUUCCUGCGUGACUCCAUCACUGAAGAUCCACUCACUGCAGGUGCAAUCAGAUUGGCUGAAUAAUUUGUGUGUGUGAAAUCAAAGAGCAUCUCUUACAGCUGUCAGUGAGUUUGGAAAGCUGUGUCUAUGAAUAUUAAGAUACUUUACUGGUGAGUGUGAAGGGAAAUGUAGUGGUUUUUAUUUAAGAUGGACAGCAAAUGAAAAACAGACAGGAAAUUCUAGUUUGUGCAGAGUGAAAAAAAUUGUAAAAAGACAAACAUUGUUUUUACUUUUUUAGAAAGUUCUUGUAAAAUUAGUUUUUCAUUAAACCCAUUAAAAAUCAGUUGUUUCACUGAUGUAACAUUAUGAAAUAAGAGCAGCUUGUCUGUGCUUUUCUGUGAAAACGUGAAUAGUAAUUAAAUGUACCAUGAAAAUAAUUCAAAUGUGUGAAGAUUAAAAUUGAAAUAAACACAUGAAAGUCUACAAUUAUGGUGGAACCUGUAAAAAGACAAACAAUGCCAUUUCUAUUAAGAUGAUCGGUUACAUUUAGGGAAACAUAGGGCUAAAAUCAGUAGAGGUUAACAGGAGUAAAUGUUCAUAAAUUUUGGCCAAAAUGAGGCAUUUCAAGAAAAGUAA